AACCAGUUGCUCGGUAGCGGUUCAACGUCUUAGUACAGUAUUGUUGUCGGCGCUGUGCGGUCACGUUUUCCCCUCUCUGCUUCCGUAGGAGAUCCAAGUUGUGGUGCGCGCGUGUGAAAUAUCCCAGAGAAGAAGUUUCUCUAUUUCUGUUCCGCCGUGCCGGGUCCAACCUGCUACUAGUGAGAAGAUCGCAAAUCGCGUGCAGUUCUGAUUAAUUGCGAAACCUACUCACGUUAGGUACGUGUGCGUGCAUGUGUGAAUUUUUGUAUUGCAUUGUGCGAGCUGAAAAAUUCAUUUCAGUGCAGCAAAUCCAACUCUGACAGACGAAUAGUUUUCCACGCCGACCCCCCAUCCAUAGAGUCGCGGAGCGAUAGCUAUAACAAGCGAUUGUGUAAUCAGCUGUUUACGAACUUGGCUUGAAUUUGGUGCAAAGUAGAUUCUGGCGUAAAACCCGCGCAGUGGAUUUAGUGAUAAGCCCGAACAGUGAACGUCAACAAUCAGGUGAAGAAUUGCGCCUGAAACGCCCGGUGCGGUGUGUGAGCUCUGUUGCCGCUCGGAACACAUAGUUUGACAUUUGCUGUGGAUGCCACCGGUUGAACAAAAGUGACACAGUGUAGUAUUGUGCUGAGUGCUGAAAGACAGUGUUGGUGAUCAAGUGAUCUUGAGAAGCGAUUGGUUUGAAAACGGUGUGGUAAAUAGUGCGUUGAAAACGGCUAGGCGCCAUGGCUGAAGCCCAUUCAGCUGUUGCAUUCUCCUUCUCCAUCACUCACGAAGGAUGGUACCUGAACUACGACCGCGAAGUGCUGCACCUGGUGUGGCAGUCCGGCAUCCGAUCGUGGAAGAAACGAUUGGCACGGUUUAGGACCGGUGUCCGAAAUGGCGUAUAUCCUGCACAUCUACAAAGCCUCUGGCUGGUGAUAGCUGUCGCCAUAGCACUUCAUUUUUCACAGCGACAUGUUCCAUUCAAUUUAGUUAAUAGAUUCCUAGGAGUACUACCCGGAGAUACGGUAAGCUAUCAGUUGGGGGCUUGUGGUCUAGCGGGUCUCCUCUUCUGGCUGUGCAUAUGCUACACGAUGCGAUACGCGCUGAAACUACUACUCAUGUACAAAGGAUGGAUGUACGAAAAGCGAGCCCCGGGCAGCAAGGUUUCCCUGCCGACGCGACUGUGGGCCGUUUUCGUCAAAGUAUUAGCGACGUGGAACAAACCUGGUUUAUAUAGUUUUCAGGGUUCUUUGCCGCGCUUGCCACUGCCCAGUGUCCAGGAGACUAUGUCGAGGUACCUGCGUUCAGUUCGACCGUUACUGGAUGACGAAAACUACUCUCGCAUGGAAAGUCUUGCCAAAGACUUUGAAAACACUAUUGCCCCUAAACUGCAGCGGUAUCUGAAGCUCAAGAGUUGGUGGUCCACCAACUAUGUGUCCGAUUGGUGGGAGGAGUACGUCUAUCUUCGCGGCCGUGGUGCUCUGAUGGUGAACAGCAACUUUUACGGCAUUGAUGCAAUCUUCACGCAACCUACUACGGUGCAGAGUGCCCGCGCUGCCAGCGUAAUCAACAUGCUGCUUCAGUUCAGAAGAAUCGUUGAGCGACAGGAGCUGGAACCCAUUCUGGUGCAGGGGCUGGUUCCGCUGUGCUCAUGGCAAUAUGAACGUAUCUUCAACACUGUUCGUGUCCCAGGAGUCGAAACUGACAGGAUUGUACACUACCAGGAUUCCAAUCACAUUGUGGUUCUGCACCGUGGUUGCUACUACAAGGUCGUUAUCUAUCACAAUGGACGUAUCUUGCGUCCCUGUGAGCUUCAGAUUCAGAUUGAAGAGAUCCUUAACAGCAGAGAUAAGCCACAGGCCGGCGAAGAAUUGCUUGCUUCGUUGACCGCUGGCGAUCGUACCAAGUGGGCCAAAAUCCGUGAAUCGGUUUUUGUCAAGGGUGUGAACAAGACAUCGUUGCAUCUCAUCGAGAGUGCUGCCUUCGUGCUAUCGCUGGACCAGCAUCCGUUCGAAUUUGAUAUGCCACAUCCCGAGAAGUUGGAUCAAUUCGGAAGAUAUCUGCUUCAUGGAAACGGACAUGACAGAUGGUUCGAUAAGAGCUUUACCGUCUGCGUUGGAUCCAAUGGCAGAAUUGGAUUCAAUUCCGAACACACUUGGGCCGAUGCCCCUGUGAUGGCACACGUUUGGGAGAAUAUUGUAGCAGAAGAGCAGAUACAGAAACGAUACGACGAAAAUGGAAACACUCUCGGCAUUCCAGAGUUUGAACCACCAAAACCGAAACGCCUUGCGUUCGACCUUGACCAUGCGGUAGCGCUGGACGCUAUCCAAGAGGCUCACCUGGCUUCGCAGCAGUUGCUCAACGAUGUAGACUUGCGCAUCUUCGUGCACGACGCCUACGGUAAGGGACUGAUGAAGAAGUGCCGCAUAUCGCCGGAUGCGUACCUCCAGAUGGCCCUGCAGUUGGCCUACUACCGAGAUGCUGGAAAAUUCUCCCUUACCUACGAAGCAUCGAUGACUCGUCUGUUCCGCGAAGGUCGUACCGAAACCGUCCGUCCCUGUACGAUCGAGUCCGCAAACUGGGUGAAAGCGAUGGAGAAUCCUAGCAUUGGGGUUGAGGAACGAGUCAAACUUCUCAACGCUGCGAGCGAUCGUCACCAGCUCGGCUAUCAAGAUGCCAUGUGUGGCAAGGGAAUCGAUCGUCAUCUGUUCUGUCUGUAUGUCGUGUCCAAGUACCUGGAACUGGAUUCGCCCUUCCUGAAGAAGGUGCUCAGCGAACCAUGGCGGUUGUCCACUAGUCAAACCCCGCACGGCCAAACUGCCAAGAUGGAUCUGAGGAAGCAUCCGAACUGUAUCAGCGCUGGUGGCGGUUUCGGACCGGUCGCCGACGACGGUUACGGUGUGUCGUACAUCGUGGCUGGUGAGGAUUUGAUAUUCUUCCACAUUUCGUCGAAAAACAGCUGCGGCACGACGAAUUCGGAACGCUUCGCACAGCAGAUUGCCCGGGCGUUGGCGGACAUAAAGCACCUGUUUGAGCAAUACAAAACCCAGCAGCAAACGCAGAAGGGCGUAACCAACGGUACGGCACAGUAAGUUCGAUGUUUGGCAAUGUGAGCGAGCAGAGGCCCCUCGAUGUGGCUCCCAGACUACCAGAACUGAUUCACAAACGAACAUAUCCACCGUUUAACGCGCAUAGCAGUCACGUCGAAAAAGAAAACACCCCUUCCUGACACCCAGCCGAUCAUUUCCGUGACUGCUAUCACCUUGUUCUGUUAUUACUACUUUUUAGGUUAUGAAUACGUUUAUUAGAUAAAUUUUCAUAAGUGCAACCACGUUAUGUUUCGUAAGAAAAAAAAUGAAUGAUGUUGAUAUUGAAAUGAACCUAUUUUAUUGAGAGUUUUUAGAAUUAAAGCAACAUUAAUUGAAAAACGCUCGAUCAAUAAAAAUUGGAUCUUUAACACAACUCCAUUGGAACUGUUUUUAAUUCGAAAAUAAAACUUAACUUAUUAGUUUUGGUGUAACUCACUAGACUGUUAAAUUUAUUAGUUUUCCAGCAAUACUGAAACAAUCGACGAAAAAAAAAAGCGGACGGCAAUCAAUACUGAUUCAGUACACUACAUGCAGUGCAGUAUAUUUAGUUUAGUUACUAUUAACGUAGAUAAUACUUUCAGUGAUAGCUGCAACCAUUAGCGUUAGGUAACUUUUUCGGUGAUUGUUUCUUUACCUUUACCAAUGUAAUUUCUGUAACUUUUAACCGUAGAGUCCUGAGAGGUAGGGAUAACGAAAAGGUAGUGAAACAAAGAUGGAAAACGAGCAUCAUUGGAACUUAAUACCAAAAAAAACUGAAAUAAACAAAAGCGAAAGCUAUAGAAGGUAAAUGUUUUGAGAGAAGAGUGGCGGAAACUGCAUCGCACAAUGGGUGGGUGCAGUCUCUCAGGGAAUGAGCAAAGCUUUAUGUAGCAGCCGAGAUGGAGCCUGGAAGAGUUUAAGAUGAUGCUGUCGUCGUAGUGAUUCGUAGUUGUUGUAAAAAAUAAAAGAACAGAUUGUUUCAGAUCAAUCAACCAACUUAGGCUAAUCACAAUUGAUGCAAUUAUCAAUGCAAUUUACCAGAAAAGAAGCGAAUAUAAAAGGAAAAAAAAAAAACUUUGAGAGUAUAAUGUUUAGUAUGAUGGAAAAGAUGAUAUUUUACCGAUGCUUCAGGGGAUAUCUUGUAGCUAAUUGUAUUUUGCCAAACUUGUUUAGAAAAAAAGCUAUAAGCAUACACACACACACACACACACACACACACCAUACAAAGGCAACCGUGUGGCGAAAGUUAUGUGAGAUUUGAUUGA